AUGCGCCGAACCCUCCAGGUGAAUUGAGCUUCGCGCAUUCUCCUUAUUCCUAGAGAGUUCGUGACAGUACAUCUUUUCAAUAUUGUUCUAAACCAGCUGGGCAGGGGGCCUGCCUAGUGUGCAUACUGCAUAUUGCGUUUACACACUGCUGGAGCAGCAUUGUUCAGAAAACUUAAAUAAGUUGAUAAUAAUACGAAUACGAAUAAUUACAAAUCAGAGUAAAAAAGUGAAAUGGCGCGGUUAACCAGAAUAGGGGACCUAGGAGCCCUAAGAGCGCUGAGCUCUACUAUUACCAGCAUACAGACUAUUAAUCAGGGAGAAAAAAUGUUGAGGGCAUCUAUAUCUCUUCUCAGAUGUAUGAUGUUCUUUGACCUGUGUUAUCUGAUAACUGGAAUAUCUCUGGUAACUGUUGGUCUCACUAAUGAUUACUACAACAAGGAAAGAAUGAUUAUUCUUGGAGGAGCUUUUGGUGUUGCCGCGUCUCUAUCUGCUGUAUGUAACAGUUUAGCAGCCCAUGGUCUACGGAGCUGGAGACGAGGGUUCCUGGUUCCUUGGUUAAUAUAUUAUCUAUGCAUCAUUCUUCUUAUUGUUAUGUUCCUUGCCAGAUCAUUCUACUUCGAGCACAUUAACCUCAGACAGGUUUUCCUGUUCCUAAGUUGUCUGACUCUGUUCUCCUGUUGGAAACAUUUCCAGAGACAGUUCGCUCUGAUGGCGUUCCCUAGACCAGAACAGGUCAUAGUUGAUGUAGAGGCUGUUGUAAGAGAUCUGAUGGAACAAGGCCAGAGUGCGACCACAACCCAAUACGAGGCCGGAAAGGAUCUCCCGCCAAAAUACGAGGAUGUUGAAGACCUCCCACCACAAUAUGAUCCGACAACAAUGACCGCAGUUUCUGCUGCUGUCCCCGGACAGUUAUCUGAACCGAACACAAAAACCUUAAAUUAGAAGUUCAAACCAGUUUUUCAGGUUUUUACUGGUUUUAACCAGUUGUCCAGCUCGUAACUGGUUUAUUAAUGCAUUUUUAAAGUUAUCACUGCAAAUUGUUAUUUUUCACAAAAUAUGCGUUUUCAUUCUAUAUUUCCGACUGAAACCCGAAAUAUCACGUAUUUCUAGUGAAACUAAAAAUUUCAGAUAAAAAUCUGUGAUCUUCACAUGAUUUUUUUUACCGUAUUUCGAACAUGUUAUGACUACGAAAUUAUAGUUGCUGAUAUAUAUUCAAAUAUAUGAAAAUUAAUUUUUUAA